GAGUUUGAAAAUAAUGGCACGAUUCAAUGGCGUAGCGUGUACACAUGGUGCGCACUAGAAUUGCCAGUGUGCGACUCGGUGUAUUAGCGAAAGCAUUUAGUACUGUUUCAAGUUAUUUAUUUAAAAUGGGUCCUUUGGAGAAUGCCAAGAAAAUCGCAGCCUACAGAGCGGUUGACGAAUACGUAAAGGAUAACAGCGUCAUUGGAAUUGGUAGUGGGUCUACCGUGAUAUACGCUAUCCACAGACUGGCUGAACGUGUUAAAGAAGAAAAUCUUAAUGUUAUUUGUGUUCCAACCUCGUUUCAGGCUCGCCAACUCAUACUAAAUAAUUGCCUCACAUUGGGUGAUUUAGAAACCUAUACAAAGUUGGAUUGUGCAAUUGAUGGAGCAGAUGAAGUUGACUGCGAUAUGAAUCUCAUAAAAGGUGGAGGAGGAUGUUUACUUCAAGAGAAGAUUGUUGCAUCCUGUACUGAUCAGCUUGUUAUAGUAGCUGAUUACACGAAGAAUUCUCAGAAGCUUGGGGAACAGUAUAAAAAAGGCAUUCCAAUCGAAGUAGUUCCUAUGGCAUACACUGCCAUUCAAAGACGAAUCGAAGAUAAUUAUGGUGGACAUGCACAAAUGAGAAUGGCUUUAGCAAAAGCUGGUCCAGUUGUAACGGACAAUGGCAAUUUCAUCCUGGACUGGCAUUUUCCAGAAGAUUUAACCAACUGGAACGAGAUUAAUAUAGCUAUUUCAAUGAUGCCUGGAGUCGUUGAAACAGGUCUCUUCAUAAAAAUGGCGAAGAAGGUAUUCUUUGGGAUGCCCGAUGGUAGUGUUAAAGAGCAGCUUUAAAGUGUUUCAGUAACACUAACGUGAAUGUUGGGAAUAUUUAUGAUAUGUAAUUGUUGACUCAAAUCUAGUUUACUUAUAUGUGACCAGAGGGUUGUUCUCAAGCCUUUUCUAAAGCGAUCAUGCAUUCUCAUGUUCAUCAAUCAUCGAUUACUCAUUUUUCUUUAUUAUAUAUUUUUAUACAUAUCACAACGUUGUGUUAUACAGACUGAAUCUACUCUGUACUUGUGUUUUAUCUAUUUAUACAUUGAUUUACAAAAUGGAAACGGAAUACUUGAUGUACUUAACGCUUACAUAUACUAUCAAGAUUUCCGUCUUAACUAAAUAAGACUACUUUAAGCGUGCUACAAGGGGUGCUCAAGUAAUUAGACGCAAUCGUGUAAAAAUAGAAUAAGUAUGUAACAUCAAACGAAGCCAAAUAGAUAUUAAAACGAAUUUUUACAUACUAUGCGAACUCUCUACCUAAUCACUGGACUCACGAACCGCCUUAGAACGUUCCAUUUGCCUUUUUAUCUUAUCGUGAUUCUGCUAUUUU